AUGGCGGGUUCCGGAGCGCGCCCGGGCCUGGGCGGGGGCCGUCGGGGGCCGCUGGCCGCGCGGCGGCGGCUGCUGCUGCUGCUGCUGCUGCUGCUGGUUCCCCCAGCCACCCUCGGUGCAGCCGCCAUCUCGGCGCCCCCGGAGUGCGGACGGCCGCGGCGGCUGGACAGGGUGGUGGGCGGCCAGGACAGCGGCGACGCCGAGUGGCCGUGGGUGGUGAGCAUCCGCAAGAACGGCACCCACCACUGCGCGGGCUCGCUGCUCACCAGGCGCUGGGUGGUCACUGCCGCCCACUGCUUCAAGGGUUACCUGGAGCAGCUCUCCCUGUUCUCCGUGCUGCUGGGGGCCUGGAAGCUGGGGAGCCCCGGGCCCCGCGCGCAGCGGGCGGGCGUCGCCUGGGUGCUGCCCCACCCGCGCUACUCCUGGAAGGAGGCCGCGGGCGCCGACAUCGCCCUGCUGCGCCUCCAUCCCCCCGUCCAGUUCUCCGAGCGGGUCCUGCCCAUCUGCCUUCCAGACGCUUCCGUCCGCCUCCCGCCGCACACCCAGUGCUGGAUCGCGGGCUGGGGGAGCAUCCGUGACGGAGUGCCCCUGCCCCACCCUCAGACCCUGCAGAAGCUGAGGGUGCCCAUCAUCGACUCUGGGAUCUGCAGCCUCCUGUACUGGCGGGGAGCCGGGCAGGAAGCCAUCACCGAGGACAUGCUGUGUGCGGGCUACCUGGAGGGCCAGCGGGAUGCCUGCCUGGGCGACUCCGGGGGCCCCCUCAUGUGCCAGGUCGAGGGGUCCUGGCUGCUCGGGGGCAUCAUCAGCUGGGGCGAGGGCUGCGCAGAGCGGAACCGACCCGGCGUCUACACCAACCUCCUGGCGCACCGCUCCUGGGUGCAGAGGGUCGUGCAGGGGGUGCAGCUCCGCGGGCGUCCGCGGGGCGGCGGGACCACGGGGCCCCGGGGGCCGGGGAGGGGCGCGGGAGCCCGGGACCGCGGCCGCCUCCUCCCUGGUGAGUAAGCCGUUGGCCUCUGGGGGGCGCGCGCGGGCUGCGCUGGCGGAGGCCACGCCCACCGGGAGAGCCACGCCCACCGAGCCACCGCCCAGCGACCCGGCCACACCCUUCGAGUCGGCCACGCCCCGAUCUGGCCACGCCCCGAUCUGGCCACGCCCCUGGCCGGCCGCUGCUGUCCCCGCCAUGUAAAUAGGUUGCUCUGAUUUUUACAGCGCUUUGUG